AUGGACAGCCAAGGCCGCGUCUGGGCCCAGAACAUGCUGCUGCGCGUGUCUCCCAAACACGUUGCGCUGCUGGACCCAGUCUCCAAGGAGGAGCUGGAGUCUUACCCGCUGAGCGCCAUCGUGCGUUGCGACACGGUGAUACCGCCGGGCCAGAGCUGCUCACUGCUGCUGCUCGUGUGCCAGGAGCCCGAGCGCACGCAGCCCGACGUGCACUUCUUCCAGGGCCUGCGUCUGGGGGCGGAGUUGAUCCGAGAGGACAUCCAGGGGGCUCUGCACAACUACCGCUCGGGCCGCGGGGAGCGCAGGGCGGCGGCGCUCAGGGCCACGCGAAAGGAGCUGCAGUGCCACCCCUCGCCCACCGCCGAGACCCCGCCCCUGCAGCACCGCCCGACGGUCCACGCCGCGAUCAACACGGUGGAGCCGGCCGCGGGCCGCGGGCGACCCCAGGCGGACCCCAUCCCAGAGACUGCAGAGAUAGGGAGGCCGGGCCGGGCGGAGGUCUGCAGCAGCGCUGACCCGGCCUCUCGGGACCUGGGCCCCUGCGGCCCAGACCUGGCCAGUCUGCAGGCGGAGCGGGAAGUGGACAUCCUGAACCACGUGUUCGACGACGUGGAAACCUUCGUAUCAAGGCUGCAGAAGUCUGCCGAGGCGACCCGAGUGCUGGAGCACCGAGAGCGCAGCCGCAGGACCCGGCACCGGGAGGCCAAGGAGGGCCUCCUGACGCUGCGGGCCAAGCCGCCCUCAGAGGCCGAGUUCAUUGAUGUGCUUCAGAAAAUCAAGUACGCCUUCAGCUUGCUGGCCCGGCUGCGCAGCAACAUCUCCAACCCCUCCUCCCCAGAACUGCUGCACUUCCUGUUCGGACCUCUGCAAAUGAUUGUGGACACCUCGGGCGGCCCCCAGUUCGCGAGCUGCGUGCGGCGGCCGCAUCUGACUUCCGAGGCUGUGGCGCUGCUGUGGGACAACGUCACCCAACUUGAAAACACGCUCUGGACCUCGUUGGGGGACUCUUGGACCCGCCCGGGGAUGGAGCUACCCUCAGAGGAGGGACCCCCAUACAGACCUGAGUUCUACAGCGGCUGGGAGCCCACAGCCACGGACCCACAGGGCCGCGCCUGGGAGGACCCAGUAGAGAAACAGCUACAACACGAGCGGCGGCGCCAGCAGCAAAGCACUCCUCAGGUCGCUGUCAACGGCCACCAAGACCAGGAACCAGAAGAUGAGCCCCAGGGGCUGGAGCCGGCGGGAAAGUGGGUCCUAUGCAAUUAUGACUUCCAGGCGCGCAAUAGCAGAGAGCUGCCCGUCAAGCAGUGGGACAUAUUGGAGGUCCUGGAUGACCAGCGCAAGUGGUGGAAGGUUCGGGACCAGAGAGGGCAGGAGGGAUAUGUACCCUAUAAUAUCCUGACACCCCACCCGGGGCCGCGGGGGGGCCGCAGCCUGGAGAACAGUACUCCCUUUCCCCCUCCCCCACCAAUGUCGGCCCCGGCUCCGGCUCCCCCUCCACCACCAGCGCCGGCCGUGGCUCCGGCUCCCCCUCCUCCACCAGUGUCGGCCGUGGCUCCGGCUCCCCCUCCCCCACCAGCCUCGGCCCCGGCUCCUCCCCCGCCGACCCCUCCCUCACCAGCGCCGACCCUGGCUCCCGCUCCCCGUCCCCGACCAGCGCGGACCCAGGUUCCGGCUCCGUCUCGGUCUCCCAGGGACAGCUGCGAGAGCCUCAACAACUUGGACUCCGGCAAGAAGGAGAAGUUCUCCCAGAUGCUCAGUAUCAACGAGGAGCUGCAGGCACGCCUGGCCCAGGGCCUCACGGGCCCCAGCCGCGCAGCCCCGGGGCCCCGCGCCCCGGAGCCGCAGCUCAGCCCGCGCUCCAGCGCUUCGGAGGUCCGCGCCUGGCUGCAGGGCAAGGGCUUUAGUUCAGGGACCCUGGCCGCGCUAGGCGCACUGAGCGGCGCGCAGCUAUUCUCGCUGCAGAAAGAGAAGUUUCGGGCGCUGAGCCCCGAGGAGGGGGCGCGCGUGUACAGCCAGGUCACAGUGCAGCGCUCGCUGCUGGAGGACAAAGAGAAAGUGUCAGAGCUGGAGGCGGUAAUGAAGAAGCAAAAGAAGAGGAUGGAAGACGAGGUGGAAACGGAAGUCAUUUGAUCCUUCCCCGCCCCUCCACUAAGUUUCCAGGCAGCAGCCCCGCGGGAGAACGGACUCUGCAGACUGCCCCCACCAACGGUAGAUCCCUCCAGGGACCG